AUGACAUUGUCAGCGAGGCAAUGGAGAGAUUUGUUCAACCUUAUAUUCUUGGCAGGCUCUGUCCUCAGACCGACCUCUUCUUCCUUCCUUCAAAAACAAGCAAACAGCCCAAGGGCGCCAGGUCAUUCCGCCGAAAGAAUCGUGGGUGGCAAGGCCUCCUCUGUGGAGCAGGUCGCGCCUGUCUCCAGAUACGGAAACAGCCGCCUUGCGAGUCGCCAAACCGGUACAUCGAGAAUCUGUCCUCGUAUUCUUUGGCAGCCGAAAACUCUCACUGCUCCACGGGCAAAAAGACUCCGGCGAACUCCGAGAGGCUCAACCGCACCCACCGGGUGCGCGGACCCCCGAACCGGCCCCCGAGGAUUGCCAGGGGCCGCCUGGCGCAGCUCCCUGCCCUCGAGGAAGCCUGGCCUGGAGGCGAGCGGCGGAGUGGCGGGCCCCAGGCCUGGUUCGCCCGCGGAGAUUUCGAGCCCGAGCCUCAGCGGUUCGGAGGGGUUCGCCGCACCGGAGGAAGGAGAGGGCGGCCCGCGGGGCAGCGGCGGCGGCACCCUUUGCCAGGAGGGAGCGCCGGGGGAAGAUGACGCCGCUGUCGCCUCGACGACAACCCAGCAAGGACACCGGGUGGUGCCUGAAGACGCGGCGACGAGUGGCGACGAGGAGGACGGCCCGUCCAGAAAGCCCCCAGGGGUCCCCGGGGACGCGCUUGAGCCCGAGCGGCCGGCGUCGGGGUCUGAAGGGGAGUUGGACUGCAUCCUCCCGGCGCCCGGUGGAUCGGAGGAUGCGAAGGGCGCGGCGGGGACGGGCGAGAACGAGCCCAGCGCGUUCCCCGACGGAGAGGAGGAUGCGGAGUCCGAGUGCCCCAUCUGCACAGAGGUUUACGACGGCGACGUCCACCGCCCGUCGCGCCUGAAUUGUGGCCACGAGCUGUGCGCGCGCUGCCUGGGCGCUGUCCUGGAGGCGUCGGGCGCCGCCGAAAUCGGCCGCGCGCGCUGCCCGCUGUGCCGCCAGAAGACGCCGGUGGUGGAGUGGGAGAUCCGGAAGCUGCAGGAGGAGAUGCUUUUGCUGGAGGCGCCGCAGGAAUCGGCGGCCGGGCGCGCGGAAUAUGAGCCCUUGCCCGAACGGCGGCCCGGCGCCUGGGGCCGCCUGGAGCACCGCUUCCAGGUGCGCUUCCGCGCCAGCCGCCCCGAGCACGGCGCCCUGCCCUGCCUGCGCUACCCCCUCGGGAUGGUGCAGGGGCUGGAGCGGCUGGAGCGGCGCAGCCGCUGGCUCUACCGGUUGGUCCUGCUGGUCCUGCUGGCCGCCGAGACGCUCAGCCUGCUGGUCUUCUUCCUGCCGCUGCUGGUGGUCUUCCUGCUCUUCGCCAUCCUGGAGAGGUAGCAGGGAGUUCCGUAGGAUAGGAGAGGAGUGGCUCUCGAACUCGGAUCUUCGUGGGAGGGGGGCGCGGGGGCCUUUCAAAGGGUUGCAGGAUUCGGAGGCAAGGAAGCGCCUUGCACAUGACAAGCAGAAUUCGAACAGGAGAGCGGGAGCGCUUUGCGCAUUGCAAACAGGAUUCGAACUCAAGCCUUUGGUUGAGCAGGAAGCCCUUUGCAGAGCCCGAAACGGAUUCGAAUUGGAGAGUGACUCCGCCCUCUCCCCUCCAGCUGUCGCCAAGGGGGUGCGAAAGUGCUGAGGGAUUGGGCAGUGGAGAUGAGAGAGUGGCCUCCUUCUGGGAGCCGAGAGUGGUGAGGAGGAGAAAAGGAGCCCGAGGGUCAUUUAGCCCAACCUCCUGAGAGACAGACAUCUCCAUCUGAGCAUCCAGAACAGAUGGCCACCCAACCUCUGCUUGGAAACCUCCAAUGGGAUAUUCAAGAAACAGAACUAUAAUGGCUGAGAGUCGUCCUCAUCCCCCUUCUCCUCCAUUAAUUCAUCAACCUCUCCUUUAAAGCCAUCCAAGUCGGUGGCCCAAACUACCUCCUGCAGCCGGGAGUUCCAGGGUUUAGCUAUGGGCCAAGUAAAGGAGGAUUUUCUUUCACCUUUUUGCGGAAUGGAGUCAGCUGGUGUAGCCCUUUGGGGUACCUCCUCCCCCACCCCACUGCUAGGGGGUCGGGGAGACCAUCCUUUCACUGAAGAUUCCUGCCUUGCAGCAGUUUGGGCUCGAUGAUGGAGUCCCCUCAUAUUGUAGCUACCAUUCCAUGUUUUCAUAUCUGUGAUUCUUGCCUUGGUUGAAGACCCUGUGGGCCCCUCCCCGCUCUCUCCUUCUACAAUUCUAAAAUUGGAUAGGAUAAAGACAAUUCUUUUUUUAAAAAAACAAUUUAUUAAAUUUUCAAAUAAACACAUUAGACAAUAACAAAACAUUCAACAACAAACACAACAACACACAAUAAACACAAUUUUUUCUCCUUUUAACAUCUAUUCCAUUAUCUCAAAUUCACUGUGCUCUGCCGAGCUUUGACUUCCCUCCCUCCCCUCAUUCGGUUUUCUUAUCCACUCCUAUCUCGCAGUUCCUUUACUCCCUCUACAUAGAGUCAUUUUGUAGGAUUUAUUUCAAUCCUGCAAGUGUCUUUAAACUUCUACAGUUCCUCUCCAUAUAGUCCACAAAUUUACUCCAGUCUUUUUGGAACUUUGCCUCUCCCUGGUUUCUGAUCCUGGCAGUCAGCCUUGCUAAUUCCGCAUAGUCCAUCAUUUUCAUCUGCCACUCUUCAAUCGUCGGUAACUCCUGAGUUUUCCAUUUUUGGGCUAACAAAGUCCUAGCCGCGGUUGUCGCAUACAUAAAUAAUACUUGGUCUCCUUUUGCAAUCGCCUGACCUAUGUGUCCCAAUAAAAAAGCCUCCGGUUUUUUGGGGAAAGUGUAUUUAAAGAUCUUUUUCAGCUCAUUAUAUAUCAUUUGCCCAAAUCUUUUAAUUUUUUCGCAUGUCCACCACAUAUGAUAAAAUUCACCAUCCUUCUCUUUACAUUUCCAGCAUGUUUUGCUACUUAUCCUAUACAUCUUAGCUAAUUUUACUGGUGUUAAAUACCAUCUAUACAUCAUCUUCAAGACAUUCUCUUUCAGGGCAGUACAUGCAGUAAAUUUCAAUGUUUGAUUCCACAAUUUCAACCAUGCAUCAUAUUCAAUAUUAUACCCAAAAUCUUUUGCUCAUUUUAUCAUCACAUCUUUUGUCAUUUCAUCUUUCAUAUACCAUUCUAACAACAAAUCAUACAUUUUUGACAACAAUUUUGUUCUGCCUUCCAACAAUUCUAUUUGAAAUUUGGACCUUUUAUCUUCAAAACCUAUUUUUUUAUCAUUUGUAAACACAUCAUUUACUUGGUGAUACUGCAACCAUCUAGUCAGAAAUUCUUUUAUUUCAUCAUAGGGUUUCAACUUCCAUCCCUUUUCUGAUUUCAUCAAUAUCUCCUCGUAAGUGGCCCUCUUCCCCUCCAUAUUUAUUUUUUUGACCGUCAACACCUCCACUGGUGAAAUCCACCAUGGGGUCUGAGUUUCUAACAGCGAUUUGUUUCUUUCCCACACCUCAUAUAAGGACCUCCUUAUCACAUGAUUUGUAAAACCUUCAUGAAUUCUUUUUUUGUCGUACCAAAGAUAUGCGUGCCAACCAAAUCUGUUGUCGUAUCCUUCCAAAUCUAAUAAAUCUGUAUUUCCCAAUGUUAUCCAUUCUCUUAACCAACAGAGACAGGGUGCCUCAUAAUAUGUCCGAUAGGAUAAAGACAAUUCAACAGGGUGGGUUGCC